CUCGAUCACUUGAAUGCUAGAAUUCAAGAUGGCGUCUACCACAAAAUGGUGGACGUUGAUUGCCGCGUUUAUUUUGUCGCUUUGUGUGAAUAGAGCUACCCCUUCGGCGGAGAUUAUGAAGAAAUUGACUACUGGGUUUGCCACGGCGCUGGAUAAGUGUAAGACCGAGCUUAACGUCCAAGAGAACGUAAUGCAAGAUUUUUACAACUUCUGGCGUGAAGACUACGAGCUACUAAACCGUGACACGGGCUGCGUCAUUCUCUGUAUGGCCUUGAAGUUCGACCUCAUUGAUGAGGAUGCCAAGCUGCAUCAUAAGAACGCGCAUGAGUUCGCUAAGACUCACGGAGCAGACGAUGACCUUGCAAAACAGCUAGUAACCAUGAUCCACGACUGCGAGAAAGCGAAUACUGAACCCGACGACUGUAUCAAGACUUUGGAAAUCGCCAAAUGCUUCAGAACCAAGAUCCAUGGGCUCAAGUGGGCGCCUAGCAUGGAAACAGUGCUGGAAGAGGUUAUGACUGAAGUCAAGCCGUCGUAGUUACGAUUAUAGAUGAACCAUUGACAUAUAUCUAAGGGCACUUACGGGCACUAAGAAUGGUGCUAGUUCAGCGGUGUCACUCACGAAUUCGAGCCAAUCGUGCAGUCUAACGCAACUAGAUGCGACCAAUCGUGCGCGUGAUGCGAACUCAUCAACCAAUCGCGUUGCGGCGUUAGACUGCACGCUUGGCUCGAAUUCUUGUGCCGCACACCGCUGUAUGAUAUAUGUCAAUGAGAUAUGGACUUGAUCGAGGAAUAGCUGUAAUCAUAGCUUUCGGCAGAGCCUGAUUAUUCAAAGUUCUAAAAGGUCCGUCUUGAGUUGCUGAGAGCUCCUUUGGAUCAUAAAUAUUAGAGCACUCAAAUGUUCUAGACUCAGUUUUAAAUGAAUCAAAGCUACUAUGUAGACUUAUAUCGACCGGGAUAUGGACCGUGAUUACCUUUUGUAUUGUUUUCGAGCUCCCGAUAUGUCGACACAGUUACAUGCAUCACUAAUAAAAUAAUCGACCGAACGCGGUCUACCUAUACCUAUAUAACUUUGACACCCAUCCGCUGUCUUCAGUUGCCCGCGAAUAAGAUGCAUGUAACUGUGUCAAAAUAUCGGGAGCUCCAAAACAAUACAAAAGGUAAUCACGGUCCACAACCCGGUCGAUAUGUCUUAUCCCUUCAAGUGGCGCCAGCGAAAACGCGAAAAGAAUUCAAAUGGCGCCGCGGAUUUGCGCAAAAGCAGUCACGUGGCGGAGCUCCGAUGGGUGUUCAGUGCAGAUUAAAAGUAUUUUACAAAAUCGUCGAUUAAAACUUUUCUAUGUUUGGAAGUAUAUUAAAUCACAUAUCGUUGUAAUCAGCGUUAAAUACGCUAUUUGAAUAUAGCAAUUAAAUUAUUAUAAUGUUUAUACAUUUGGCCAGACCUAAGAAAACUCCGGAAGAAUGACAGUUUUCCAGUUUCCUUGUUUAAAAUGAAUACCACCAUAAAACAAAUUGAUGAUUGGAGUUGAUUGCUAUUUAAUUAUCAAAUUAAGUCUUAUAAUUUUAAGAUUACAUCAGUACAAGGGACCUAACAUUCAAAUCUGAACUCUGACUAGGCGGUCGCUCCCGAAUGAAUGGUCCUCACCAACAAAUUUUAUACCAAGUGUAUUUGUGUUUCUUACGGUAUGCUAUCCUUGUCUAGCUCGCUACCUAAUUUUAGGUGCUAGAAGAGCGUAACUAUACUUAAAUGCGUUCAAUUUCACCUCUAAAUACGACAACACCUUAUUAACCACUCACUGGUAGCCGACAGUUUACUGCUUUUCGAUCCGACCAUUGACGGGUUGACCGCCACUUAAAGGGUUAAGUUUUAGACGUAGGUGUCUACCUCAUUGUGUCAGAAAGUUGUAUAAUCUUUGGUGUGAAGUCGGGUACUGGAUUAAGCUAUGAUUGAUUACAUUGUCAUUGUUAUUAACAGCAUUAUCGGGAUAUUUUGUCUCAUCCCUUAUGUAUUUUUAGAGGUAUUUGUUCCUUCUUACAUAACUUUUUCAUGCUAUUAUUUUAUCAUGUUAGUUUUUACUUUACAAUAAUAGCCAGCAGUCAAACUAAGAUUUAAUUAAGAUAGUACGUACCUUAAAGCAAACGUUUACCAAUUUUUUUUUUUCAUUUCUAUCACUGUAGGUAUAUUAUUUUCGCUUCUAUGUUCUUCACUCAUUUUGUUCAAUAUUUAUUCACUUAAAUUUUAAUGUCCCCUCGUGCGACAAGAUUCAAAUUAUUGUUUUUCCGCAUAAGGGGAUAAGUAAAAUACAGUUGCCCAUAAUGUUGUUCUAAUAAACUUGAUCAAAACAAUAAAGGUAUUAUCAAAUGGACUCCGAAUAUAAACAUAGAUUUGUUAUUGUUUAUUAUAGUCUUCUCUAUUAUUAAUACUUUAGUUUUAAUGUCAGCCACAAGUCUUAAUUUUAGUUUUAAUUGUGAUUACCUAUAUUACUGUACCGACUGUACGUCAAAUAAUAAUGUUUAAAAAUAAAAAUAAUAAAUGGUGGAAGUCUGUAA